AUGAUAAGUGAUAUAGUUUAUCAACAUCUUGUGUUCUUUGGUGAAAAUACAAAAAGAUUUGAACUCAUGAAGAUUUGCGACAAUGAAGAUGUUGAGUUGAUGUUUGAUGUUUAUGCACAGUGGUCACAACUUGGCACCAUUGAGUUAUAUGUUACCUUUGAGUCUGGUCCUCCAUCAACAAACAUUGAUCAACCAUCGACAUCAAACAUACCUUAUCAACCUAACUUAUAUUCUCCAUCACAACACUAUGAACCAUCACAACAAUGUGAACCAUCACAACAUUAUCCUCCAUCACAACACUACGAACCAUACUCUACCCAAUUAGAACAAACUCAUCCAGAAAGUUUUCAACUCCAUCAUCAAUCUCCUCCAACAAGUCCACAAUGCGAUCUUCCCCUUAGUGUCUUACAUAGUAUCAACGAGGAAGAUUUAAGUGAUUAUAGUGAAGAAGAUGAAACAUACUUCGAUGAAUCAUCUGAUAAUUCUGUCGAUGACAUUGAUGGUGACAAAUAUAUGAAAGCAGAAGAUCAACCUAUUCUACUUGAUUUCGAUCCACCAUCUCACCUAAAGAGCAUCAAUUUAGAUACUCAACAAAACUCAAGUGAAUUUGAUCACUUGUUCAUUAACGAAGUCCCAACAGUAGAUGGAACUCUUGCGGUUGGAAUGAAGUUUCAUAACAAAGAUGAAUGCGUACAUGCAAUCAAGCAUGCAGAGUUUCAAAACGCAAAAAAAAGUGAAUUGUGGGUUAUUAAUAAAUUGAAUGUGCCUCAUACAUGCACAAAUUCUGCAUUGCCACAAGAUCAUAUGAAACUCGAUUCUAACAAGAUAUGUCAAAGCAUAAUGCAAGUUGUGAAAGUGGAUCCUUCAAUCAAAGUGAAGGUCAUUGUUGCUCAGAUUCGGGUUUUACAUAACUACACAGUUAGUUAUAAAAAGGUCUGGAUGGGAAAGAAUAAAGCGAUCGAACAAAUUUAUGGUAACUGGGAAGAGUCUUGCAAUCAACUUCCACAAUGGUUACAAUCAACUCCCACAAUGGUUGUUGGUUAUGAAAACACUAUUUUGGGCUUUGUUCCGUGUAUAUCUACGUUUAAAUUCUGCAAACCAAUAGUACAAGUUGAUGGGAGUUGGCUAUACAGAAAGUACAAAGGAACUCUAUUGGUAGCAGUUGCACAGGAUGGGAACGAAAACGUAAUUCCUAUUGCUUAUGCUAUUGUGGAAGGUUAG